AUGACAGGUCCUGGUCUUUCGAUGUUUUGGUCGGAAGAGAAGAGUACCAUUCAAAUCGAGGACGAGCAGUUUGCGCUUGAUGGUCAUGAAGGAAGGGAGUAUCGCGGGAGGAGACCGUGGGAGAGACGGGCUGGUGCGGGGGCCUCGCAGGCCACCUGUCGCUUUCUCGGUCUGGAGAUCAUUAUCGGCACUCCAUCGGCACGUAACUUGGGUUAUCGGAAAAUAAACCCUAUUUCUAAUUUGGGCCAGCCUGAAUCGAUGACGGGCCGUACAAUCGGGCCGACAGAUGCCGCGCAGAGAAAAUUGGAAUGGGCAUCUUCUGCCGCUGCCGUUGUUCAACGAUUUGCUGAAACUUCAGUUGUCAAAGAGCCCAAUCAAGAUAACGUUCACAGACCGGCGAAUACGUUCACGAUAGCAGCUGGGUAUCACGUUGAGUGUGACGGGCACAACAUAUCUCUUCAUCCAAUUGGGGGCGAUAACAGCAAUACAUAUGAAAUUUAUACCCAUCCUCCAGGUCAAAAUGCUGAGUAUGGAUUUCUGGCCCAGGUGACAUUCACUGAUGCGACAGGUGGGCAAAUUCUUCUUCCCAGCCGUCGAUAUUUCCAACUCCAUGAUCCUUGUGCCAAGGUUGGACAUUUCUCAGGGGCAGGGGAGGUCAUGGAACAAUUAUUCCAAGAUGUAGAGGACAUAAAGGUCUUAGCAGGGGAUGGAGGAUCGCACGACCUUUUGUCUUUCUCCACGUAA